UUGCCUUUCGCUCGCUGCAUGUUCGCAGUCGCCGGUCGGUUCCUCGUAUCGCGCUCUCUUCUUCAAUCGAUUCCAUCAACCGCGACCAUGUCUUCGUCGACCUCAUCGGUCCGUGAACGCGCGGCUGCCCGCGGCUGGAAGCUCUACAACGAUCUGCAGCAGCCCAAGACGAUCUUGGCGCCGAUGGUCGACCAGAGCGAGCUCGCGUACCGCAUGCUCGUGCGCAAGUACGGCGUCGACCUCUGCUACACGCCGAUGAUCCACGCGCGCAUGUUCCGCGACGACACCACGUAUCGGUCGACGGCGUGGCAGGUGGUGCCCGAGGACCGGCCGCUCUUUGUGCAGUUUUGCGGCAACGACCCGGCCAUCGUGCUCGAAGCCGCCAAGCACGUCCAAGACGGCUGCGACGCUGUCGACCUCAACCUCGGGUGUCCCCAGGGCAUCGCGCGCAAGGGUCGGUACGGCGCCUUCCUCAUGCACGAGCCCGAUGUCGUACGCGAGAUCGUCUCGACGCUCAGCCGCGAGCUGACCGUGCCGGUCUCGUGCAAGAUCCGUCUCUUGCCCGACUACGAGGACACGCUCGCCUUUUGCAACAUGCUCGUCGACGCGGGCUGCUGCUGGCUCGUCAUCCACGGACGCACGAAAGAGAUGAACAAGCAGCUCGUGCGCGAGUGCGACUGGGACAGCAUCAAGCGUCUCCGGAAGGAGCUCCCGAUCCCCGUCUUUGCCAACGGCGGCAUCGAGAACGACGAGGACGUCGCGGCCUGUCUCGCUGCGACCGAAGCCGAGGGCGUCAUGAGCUCGGAAGGAAUCCUCGAGUUCCCGGCCCUCUUCACGGGCAACAAGGAUCCGACCACGGGCGAAAUCGUGUCGCAGAUCGACCUCGCGCUCGAGUACAUGGCAUGGGCGGCUAAGUUUCCGCCGCCCGAGAAAUUUCUUCGCGCCCACUUGUUCAAGAUGCUCUUCCAGGAGCUCAAGGUCUUCACAGACCUCCGGGAGGCCAUUGGCCAGGGCCAGACCCACGCCGAGCUCUUGGCGAUCGUCGUUGAAAUGAAGGCGCGCUUGGAUGCCCCGGAUGCCCCGGUGAUUCCGUACUCGACGGCUGACUCGUGGUACCGGCGCCACCGCAAGCAAGCGGCCGAGCUUGACAAGGAGCCCGAGAUGGAUAAGUGCCUCGACUCGGGCUUUGGUCUUCUCUUUGGAUAAGCUACCCUUUUCUCUACAUUCUAGUGAACGGCAAUCUCGUCGUUGCACCGUUUAUGUGUUUGAGCAGAGAGAAGAAGACACUAUGUACAUCAAAUAGAAGGACAUGAUCAUUUGC